AUGCUGGGUGCUCUUCGCUGCACACCAACUGCGAAACUGGAGGCCGAAGCAUCCCUGAGCCCCUUACGCUUCCGGCGGCCCCAACUCCUCACAGCAUACUGCUGCAGAAUCCUCACAAUACCUCGUCACCCUGUCCGCCAACUCCUACUAGAAUACUACCCGUUCGCCUUAUACGAUCAUCUCCCCAUGCCUCUCCCACUCCCAGGCAGAGCUCAUCAAGAAUUCAAAGCCCUUCAGCUCACACCCAACAACAUUCACACCAUACCAAUGGCUUGCCGCUACGUCCGCCCAAGAUUUCCAGCCCUAUCAACACUCGCUGUGGCCACGAAGCCCUCCCUCUCCGAUGAACAGUGGCAUCAAUGCUUUCAAGACCUAAUAUCCCAGUCUUACUCCAACCACACCCUGGUUUACACUGAUGGAUCAGUCUCCCAGGAUAGGUCGGGCUGCGCAGUCUACUCCACAAACUUCAACCUGCAAGCCAAACUUCCACCCGACACCUCAAUAUUCACCUCUGAACUCUAUGCCAUUUACUGCGCCAUCAAAUUUAUCUCAUUACCUGGCAACUUUGUCGUUUUCUGUGACUCUCUCAGCUGUAUAUCAGCCCUGCGCUCUAACGUCGCACCCACGCACUUCCUAGUCCCAUGGAUCAUCGAGGCAUGCAGCCAACUCACAAUCGGAAAACUAACGCUUGAGUGGGUGCCAGGACACUCUGGCAUCGCAGGCAACGUUGCUGCAGAUGCUCUGGCACGAGCAGCACUGAAUUUAGCCAACACGACCAACCUUGCCUUGGGUACAAGAGACUGGAAAGUCAAGAUUGCUAAGCACUACUGCAGCGUUUGGCAUACUGCCUGGUCAACCCUACCUGCCCACAUCACCAAGUCGAACCUAAAACUUGACUCACUCACCCCUACAGAACUGCCCCGACCCCAACAAGUAGCCAUCACCCGCCUACGACUGGAAACAUGCCUCCUCACACACAGUCACCUGUUCACUAAGUCCCCACCGCUCACAUGCUCCUCCUGCCAUUGCCAACAAACAAUAAAACACAUUUUCAUUGACUGCCCAUUAUGCACUCAACAACAACACACCUUGCGCACAGCCUGUCAGCAACUGAACCUCCCUUUCUCUCUGAGCACUCUUUUCUCGCCACCAUUUGACCCUGAAAUGAUAAUACAAUUUCUGCGCAAGACCCAACUACUGGACUCGAUCUGA